AGGGAAGGAGCGGACAGUGUGUGCGAGGCAGUAGCUCAGGGAGGUCGUAGUUUAAUCGCUGGCGCGUCGGACUAUAUAUAUAUAUAUAUAUAUGACUGGCGGGAUCCAACAGUAACUUCCACUCGCCACAGGCUAUGGAUAAGUCUGCGCCUGUACAGAACUGGAAUUAGGGUGCACUUACCCCCCAUGCCCCCGGAUCGUUGUGUGGCCAAGGGAAGCUGGCAGUAGGGUGCCCAUGUCCCCGGAUCUAUGGAGAGACCUCCGGGGCAGGCUCUGACCCCCGCCCUGUGCCCAGGGAUGCGGAAGGGCUGCUCCGCUUGGAUUUGGCCAGAGGCGCGGAAGGAUUACGUCCCGGGGUGGGGGUGCUGCAGCUGAAUGAUGCCCCUAUGGAUGUCAGCCCCGUGUCCCUCGUGAGAAGAAGGUUCGUGCUGCCCGUGUGCACCAUGAUCUUCCUCUGCCUCUACAUGUUCUACUCGUGCGCCGGCUCCUGCGCUUCCCUCCAGGGCUCCGCGCCCUCCCAACAACCCGGGCUCCUCUCCCAACUGCUGCUCCGCGCCCAGCCCCGGCCUCCCGGCGAGGAAACGUCCAUCUCCAGCUUCUACAGCGGCUCUGGAACCAAGAAACUGCCCCAAGCCAUUAUCAUUGGCGUGAGGAAAGGGGGUACCCGAGCCCUACUGGAGUUUCUCAGGGUCCACCCAGACAUCAGGGCUGUGGGGGCUGAACCCCACUUCUUCGAUCGCAACUAUGACAAGGGACUAGACUGGUACAGGGAUCUCAUGCCCAGGACACUGGAUGGUCAGAUCACCAUGGAGAAGACUCCCAGCUACUUUGUAACCAAGGAAGCACCGGCCCGGAUUUCUGCCAUGUGUAAAGAUGCCAAACUGAUAGUGGUGGUGAGGGACCCAGUAACUAGAGUUAUAUCCGACUAUACACAAACGCUGUCCAAGCGGCCGGACAUCCCUAGUUUUGAGAGCCUGACUUUCAAAAACAGGACUACGGGUCUCAUAGACAUAUCGUGGAGUGCCAUCCAGAUCGGGAUCUAUGCCAAGCACUUGGAGAACUGGCUGCAGUAUUUUCCCAUGAGCCAGAUCCUCUUUGUGAGUGGGGAAAGGCUCAUUACGGUUCCUGCAGGAGAGUUGGGGCGGGUACAGGAUUUCUUGGGGUUAAAGAGGAUCAUCACCGAUAAACACUUUUACUUCAACAAGACUAAAGGCUUUCCCUGUCUGAAAAAAGCAGAGGGGAGCAGCAAACCGCACUGUCUAGGGAAAACUAAGGGUAGAACUCACCCCAACUUAGACCCGAAAGUGGUGCAAAGACUGCGGGAAUUUUACCGGCCUUUCAACAUGAAGUUCUACCAAAUGACCGGACAUGAUUUUGGUUGGGACUAGGAACCCUUUUUUAUUGUCAUAGUAUUAUGUGAAGUAAACGCACGUGUUGACGUGUGUCCCUGUAAAAAUGUACAGAGAUCUAUUUUAUUAUAAUUUAUUUUUAAUUCGUAAGCAAUUAAUUCACUAAGCUGCCUAACCAUGCGGUCGUUUGUUUGCUUAUAAAGUCCUGACAUUCCUUCUUCUACAAUCUUUUUUUUUUUUGAAGCCAGGCGUAUCUGCUGCUUGUGCCCCCAACCCAUUAACGCAUUCACUAAUGGUGCUCUUGUCAUAGUCAUUAAAUGAAACAGAAGAAAAGCACAAUGUUACUUUGGUAUUUAUGUUUACGGGUACUGAACUAUUCCUCAUAGAUAAUCCAUUGUGGGUUUCACUUAACCUUAGCCUCAUGCUGAACCGGACAUUGUUUAGCAGUAGUGUCCCUUUUUGCAUCAGAGACUCAUGGUACAUAUUUCAUAACUGUAAGGUGGACUUAUUGGAACAACGCACACACUGAUGCUUUUCAUUCAUCCAGGUCAUGAUAUACAUUAUCUAUUAGUAGACAUUAUUAAGCAAGUGGACUUGAUGAGUAAUCUCUCACCUCAAGAAGCUACUCGCAUGAGCAGUAAGGGUCAGGGCACACGCUCAGAUUCGGGGAGAUUCAGGAUGGCACUCGGAUCGCUUCGUUUUCCCUUGUGAGACGACUUCGGAAAACAAAGCGCUCUGAGUGCCAUACCGCCAGUGAUUUACAUUCUGUCGGAUGGGAGGCAGUUCAGGGAGAUUAGUCGCCCCGAAGAAGAGGAAAUUUGUAGAAGGGGGGACCAAUCUCCCCGAAUCUGAGCGUGUGCCCUGACCCUUAAAGGUGAUCAUUAUUACUCCGUUGCUUUAGAUGUCCUGCUACUAGAUAAUGCUUGAUCUUCAAUGUAACUUGCUUGUGGAUGGAAAAUGUCUGUUGUAACAUUUAUAGCCUUACAUAUUUCCCAUCGAUUCAGCAUCUUGACCAGAUCUUGGAUCUGUAGUAUAGAUGUUUUAUAUCAUGUACAUGGCACAUGCAUUGCAGUUGUUGAGGUUAUUAAAAACUGCGGUUCAAUAUGAGUCACUUCCCAUGAAUGUUAAGAACAGGCCCUCUGCAGGUCAUACUUGCCCCAAAACUUUUACUAAUGCAUUAUUUGGUUAAGAGUCCUCCAUGCCUGUGGCAAACUUUUUCAGAUGUCUUCGAUAGUGAAAAGGUUCCCAAAACUGCACAUGUCAGGUUGAGGUCUUACCUCCAGAACUUUGUGAAUAUAAAGAAAUCUGUCCACCAAAAAAUCCCUGAAAAACAUGUCAAUGGCCAUGUGCUAGUUUUAUAUCAAAAAAACAAAUAUUGUCUCCAAAGCCAUUCACUCUCUCAAAAUGCCUUCCUUUCGACCAGCAAUACAGUAAAUGUCAUAUCAAUCCAUACUUCAUUACUACAAAGCCUAAUUUAUUUCAUGUCACAGAUGUGCAUUCAAUUACACAGUGGCCCAAUAAAUUACUCGCUGCGCUGUAGAUCCAAGGAUGCUCAGCAAAGCUUCAGGGCAGCCGCGCACUUACGAUAUUAAUUCAUUGAUACAACGUCAUUUUUAUUAUUGAAGGAAAAAUAUCCCCCAGCAUAGAUCUUGCAGUUAACCAAUUUUAAAUGAUGCAUAAUCUUUCAUCUGACUGUCUAAAGAGCAAUAUUGGCAAUUUGGUUGAUUAUUAUUUGACCUUCUAGAAUUGCUCUGAUUCUAUGGGUUCAUUCCGAAAAAAAUCUAUUUUUGUUAUUAAAAACAGCCCAGAAUUUUUUUUUUAAAUUAAAAAUGGGCUAGAAAAAUAUUUUUUUUAUUAAAAAUGGCCUGAAAUAUUUUAAAAAAAAUAAUAUAUAUAUUUAUCAAGAUAUAUAUAGUCCAUUUGCAAAUUGCUGUCUGCACAGGAUAAUGGGUAAUAAGUCACAGACUCACAGUUGGUCAUUGGAAAAGAAAUCUUAUGCUGAUGAUGUGAUUGCUCCAUUCCAAAAUCUUGCUGAUAAUUUCAUCUUGCUGAUUCAUACACAUAUUAUUUACAUAGCAAACAGAUCCAAAUCCCAGGGACAUUCCUUUAAGCCAUAUAUCAAGUCCCAAGUGUAACUCCUGUGUACAUCUGCUUAUGUGACUUAUGGUUCCGUGUCAACAUAAUAUAAAACUGCAAUAGAAUUUGGGGGGACAGAUCUUCUACUGUAGCAAACACAUGGAACGAUUUCCAUUUAUUGUGAUUUUGCUAUAGUAUUCUGUCCGAGCUCUCUUCCUUAGACAUGUAAAGCACCCCAAAUCGGUAACUUCUCUUAGGUUCUUACAACAACCCAAACUGAAUUAUACCCCAAUGAAACUAUUAAAGUGAAUAAUCUGUAAUGUGCCAAUCCAUUUUCCCUAUUCCCUCAUCAUAUAACAUGUAAUGUUUAGCACUCCUUGUUUUCUCAACACCCAUCGCCGUACUUUAUAAUUAACUCUGUGCAAUGAGAGCUUACAAAUGGGUUUUUAACAUGAUGAAUUGACUUCAUCUGAGCAACUGUGCCUCAUUUUUCUCAUACGAUACGAGAGAAAGAUCACAAUGUCACUUUCCCAGUGAGACUUAGAAUAGUGCUGUAGACUCAUAAAUCUGGGGUGUGCAGUCAUUAGAUUGUCAUGGACCCUGAUAAUAACCAAGAGUAAGUGGCUUAAUCAACAGCUAAGGAAGUACUUGUCUUACUGCUGCUAAAAAAGAAAACUGCUAUGCAGAAAUCGGUAUUAGUAAUUAGGAUACAGGUCUUAUAACAUUUCUCUGGCCCUAGAGGAUACAGGGCUGAUAAAUCCAAGGCCUACUCUAUCUAACUACUUGGCCGCAACUAACUUUGAAUUGGUCCAUGUCACCCAUGAGUCUUUGCAUCCCGAAGUAGAGAUCCGUGCUUAGAUUCCGCACAUAUGACAAUAUGGUUGAGUUUUAUUCAGCCCGGGUAAUUAAAGUCUGUAUCUAUUUUAUUCCCACUCUCUGUAUCCUAAUAGCUUAGAAUAGCAAAUUGAUAUAUAUAUUAAAUAUAUAUGUAUAUGAAAGAAAAUUUACAAAAAAAAAUUUAAAUAAAUAUAAGAACACAAGUGAAGCCGAAAAAUAUGUACAUUGUAAAUCCGGUAUUUUGUGGUAUGGACAAUGCAGAUUUAAUUUUACACCAGAAAGAUUUUUUUUAAGUAAAAAUAUUGCAUCCUGAAAAUUCAUACUAUGACUUUGUAUGAGAAAAUAAAACUAUAUUUUAUCAAAAUAA